GCGAGGCGGUCUGCUAGGCGAGGCGCUGUCCAAGGCUAUAGAUCGGUAACCCACAAUCUGAGUUGCUUAAUAUUUGGAAUGAGUCCAACGGUUUUGUAGUUAGGCCGUUAGGGAGUUACAGAGCGGGGUAUGGAAUGGAGUGAGAAGAACGAGGGCUCAACUCCGGGCGGCAGAGGCGGAGAAGGUGGUGGUGGAGGCGGAGGCGUAGUAUACUGCAGUGAGAACGCGAAAAGGGCAAAGCUGAAUUCAACGUUAGCCGCAUUACUAGAUGACCCCAUUCUCUCAGAUGUCCCAAUGAAGCCAUCUUUAUCCGAUGUCGACACCCUUAUCAGCUUAGAGCUCGGAAGUGCCAUGCGUAUCUCUGUACUCAAGCUCGACUCCACCUCCUUUGAUGUUGUGGUCAUGAAUUCGGCUACGGUGAAGGAUUUGAAACUGUGUAUUAAGAAGAAAGUUACUGAAAUGGAACAAUCACAGAUGGGUCAUCGUCAUAUUUCUUGGAAACAUGUAUGGGCGAAUUAUUGCCUUUUGUAUCAAAAUGAGAAACUACUCAAUGAGAGUGCAGUUCUUCAGGAUUUUGGCAUACGUAAUAAUUCUCAGGUUCAAUUUAUACCUUUCAUUACGGCAAGGCUAAACAAGAAACACACAAAAAGAAAAAAGCAUCGUUUUUUCCAUGGUUUGAACAAGCUCUCGUAA